AAGUACUGUAUGCUACUUUGUCAAGAUACGUUCCAUAUGUUUCAUAUAAUAGUAAUAAUAAUAAUCUUAUUUCAUUCCGCAAUUCUUUUUCAUGAACCUCCACCUGGUCCACUAACAGAUCUAAGUAUAUGUAAAGUAUCACACUUAGGUAUAGAAUAUAAGGGAACCGUUCAAAAAACUGAAUCAAAGGUUCGGUGUCAAUCUUGGACAUCAUCACAACCUCAUCAAAUUAAAGAUGAUUUGUUGGAUGCAAAUUUUUCAGAUGGCUCAAGAAAAACGGCUAAAAACUUUUGUAGAAAUCCUAAUAAAGAUUCUCUUGGACCGUGGUGUUAUAGCAUGAAUUUAGACUUGCAGUUUGAAACAUGUGGGAUACCUCUAUGCCAGUUGUCUCAGUGUAAACUCACAGGACCCGGUAUGGAAUAUGCAGGAGACUAUAAUAAAGGAACGUCACAAAGAAAGUGUUUAAAAUGGAACAAAGACCGCAAAAAAGUUAAACACCAGGCAAACUAUAUCUCAAUACCUAAAUUCGACAAAAAACGGUUUCCAGAAGCAGAUCUUUCUAAUGCUAAAAAGUUCUGUAGAAAUCCUAGUGGCGAUAUCGGAGGUCCUUGGUGCUUUGUUGAAAAUGAAGAUACCGAUGAAGUCGAAAAGGAGUACUGUGAUGUUCCUCUCUGUGAUGAUCCAGUCUGCCUUGUGUUUUCAAAAAAUUCGGACACGUACAUGCACUAUACAGAUUUCAAUAACACUUUAGCAAAUCUAUCCUUUGGCGUUAAGCUUUGGGACUCAGAUUCCUAUUUAGAAGCAAGCGCUAGAAUAGUUUUAACCCUUUUACCACUGCCUUUAACCGGAGCAGAAAUAGAAUCUGCUGGUAUCGGCAUCGAAAUUCGCAUUGGCAACAACUUUUCUACCCUGAGUUACGGAAACGUCGAGAAUCCAGAACUAGAAGCGACUCACGGAAUUUUGAAGUCAACGGAGUUUACUAAAUUUUCUUUGAGUUGGCACAGAGGCUUUAUAACGUUCGGAUACGAGGGAAAAGUGAAGCCUAUCUUUCUUGCCGAGUAUCAGACCAAAAACAAUCUUAUGGGCUUUUACAUGGACCAGUUUAAUUAUUAUUCAGUUCAAGGAACGAAUAUCAUUUGGUCUUUUCCUUUUUGUAAGGAUGAUUUUGAGUGUGAUGCUCAUAUUACCACAGGUGCAGAAUUCCAACAAUUUUGGCCACUUCGGGAAAAAGCAUCUGGUUACGAUCUUUAUAUACAUGUCAGGGCCCACCAUUCGGCAUGUGUCAAAUUUGUACUAGCUCCGACAGUAGAUUUUCCAAACGUGAUAUUAACUUUAUUGGGCAAAAAUAAUUACACUAGGAUUACUCUAGUAGAGUACAGAGAUGGCGCAGAAAGGGAUUUAAAGCAACUACAACUCCAAAACAUAAUAAAUUACUGGGAAUGGAGAGAAAUUUCAAUAAGUUUCUUUGCUAACACGAUGACUGUAUACAUAAAGAAACCUCUCGGAUUACAAACGUUAGCGGAAGUUAAAGACGAUAUUUUCAGAAAUGUUAGAUGGUUUAGCGUUAGUUCAGAAAAUACGGUGGCUCAUUGGAGCUUUUACUGCAAACCUCCUCCCCCUGCUAAUCCAAAGAACGCGUUUUUACCGGAAUGUGCGAUUAAUUCACAGGAAUCGAAUUAUAAGGGAACACAGGAUAUAACAAGUAAAGGUCUCCCUUGUCUUCCAUGGUCAGCACAAAAAUUGUUACCUCAAGAAAUAAAAUUUUCCAACAAAGACGAACUGAUGAAGUCCUGGAAUUAUUGUAGAAAUCCAAUUGAUUCUAAUCAACGCACUUAUUGCUACACUGUUUCAAUGAACCCUGAUAAGAGAAUAGGGAAAUCAUUUUGCAACAUCAGAAAAUGUAAAUCUGAACAAUGCCGAAUGGCUGGAACUGCAAACGAUUAUAGUGGAACCCUAAAUCGAACUAAAUCUAAUAGAACUUGUGAUACUUGGGUUACUGAGACAUUUUUGGAUAAUUCAAGUAUAAAAAAUUCAACACUAGAAUUUUUAUUAAAAAAAAACUAUCCUGAAAUAUCUACAACUCCAGUAAGUCAAGAAGCACAGAAGCCUGUUUGGAACGAUACUUUGUUUCCAGAAGGUUCUUCCAUUAAAGCCGAAAAUUUCUGCCGCAAUCCCUCCAGAAAUAUUGCGGGGACUUGGUGCUAUACAACUGAUCCUAAUGUUCCAGAAGACGCCUGCAAUGUAAGGGACUGUGAUAAGCCUGAAGAAUGUACUAUGAUAAUAUCCACCACUCUUACUGACAGGAAAACUUUUAUUUUACCGCAAUGGAAGGAACCUGGACUUCAAGGAGGAUUAAGAUUUGCUAUAAAGGAAUGGAAUCCUGACUUCAUAGACGGUUUGAGUAUAUUAAUCACUCCAAAAUUGGAUUUAGAAAACCUGACUUUACAAAUAGCAGCUGACAAUAACGAAAAAGUGAAACUGUUUAAAAACAACGAACUUCUAGCGCAAAAAACCCUCCCACAUCUUAUAGGAGCUGGCAAAUGGACGGAUUUCUGGUUGCAAAUACGAAAAGGCGAGAUCAUGUUCGGUCUAGAAGGCGUUCCUUCGUCGUUAUUCGAGUGGAUAAGUCCCAAUGAAGAUGAUGAAUUUGAACCGAUGUUUGUCAAUUUUGCUUCGAUUAUUGGUAAACCGAUGGGUUUGAGUUUUAAGUGUGAUGAAUGCCAUACACAGAACGUAACUGUAUAUAAUACUGAAGUUUAUUACCCCAUUGGUUUGUGGAAAGAAGAGAAACCAUUAUUGAACAACGUAACUUUACUGAUUAGAGGAACUGGAAUUACCGUUAUAAAAUUGAUGCUUUUACCAGAACAUCCUGACUUCUUUUUAUUAAAUAUGGAUGGUAUAAAAGAAACCAUUUCAUUCGACAGAGUAGAAGGCUCAAAACCAAAUGUUCAACUUAAAAUGCAGCAUAUUAAAGAAGUCAUUUCGGAACAUUCGUGGACGAAAUAUUUAAUUAUAUUUAAUGAAUCAAGAAUAGAUGUCAAACGAAAUAAUGUCACUGUUUUAACAUAUACCAGUCCAAAACCGCUUUUAAUUUACUGGUUUUCUGACGAUACAGUAAUUUUGUCAGAUAAUAUUGAAGGUCUCCAAAUGGUAUUUGAUCGUAUUCGCGAGGUAGGAGAGGAAAUUAGCAUUAAAAUAAACUCAAACAAAACCAAAUUUUUAGUGUUUAGUUGUGACCCACAUCCCGAUGUAAAGCUUCAAUUAAACGGAGUCCAAGUUGAGAAAGUUCACAAAAUGGCAUAUUUGGGAACGUGA